AUGCACAUACAGUACAUAGUCGGUAUUUCGAUUGCCAGCUACACAACUCAAGCUUUCGUUGCUUGUAGAAACAAAAGCUUGCAACUUUCUUGCGAUUUCAGGAACAGCUCUUCUGGCGGUAUCUUUUUGGAGGGAAUCACUUUCGUAAAUACUUCCCUGAAUCUUGUCGAUUGUUCUCUUAAAAUGUCAGGGGUCAUGUUUGUUAAUAGUUCUAAUGACGCUUUUUCUCUUAAUUUUUCACGUGGUUUUACUGGAACUAUUAGUAUUUCUAUUAUUAUUAUUAUUAUAUUCUAUUAGUAAUUAACACAUCAACGAGGAUAACGGAAACGUCAUCUACACUGAUUGACUUAUUGUUUACUAACACUCCUCAUCGUGUUAUUGACCGAGGCGUUAUUCCAUCACCUUUAAGCGACCAUUGUUUGAUCUUCUGUGUUAUCAAAUCAGGUGUUCCCAAGGCUCCAGGGAAAACCAUCGAAUAUCGGUCGUACAAACAUUAUUCAAAGCAGGAAUUUGUGAAUGACUUGAAAGAAAUUGACUGGAACCAAGCUCUAAACAAGCAGGACAUUGACUCCGCGGUAAAUGAUUGGAACAAUCUUUUUACUCAUGUCGCCGAUAGUCAUGCUCCAAUGAGGAAAUCAAGAAUUAAAGGGGUCCGUUCUCCCUGGAUAAACGCACAGCUAUCUGAAGCUAUGCACCAACGAGAUUAUUACCAUCGUAAAGCCCUGAAAACAAAGUCUGCCAAUCAUUGGUCACGCUAUAAGGAACUUAAGAACUACGUAAAUAAGGAGACAAAGAGAUGUAAAUCGGAAUACUAUUCUAAGCUUAUUACUGAAAACAAAUCUAAUCCAAGUGCAUCAUGGAAAACUCUAAACGACAUAACAUCUCGCAAAGAAAGAACUCCCAUCUCCUGCAUUGAGGCCGACGGUGUUCAAUACUGCAGCAAUAAAUCUAUCGCCAAGAUUCUCAAUGAACACUUUUCAACAAUUGGAACUAAACUGGCACAAAAGCUCAAGUCUUGUAGAUCCCACAUCUACUCGGCGCCUUCGGUAAACUCGAAUCUACCCCAUGAAUUUGCUUUCGAGCCAAUUACGAAAGACUUCGUUCUUCGUCAGCUUAAGCAGCUCAAAACCAAUAAAGCCAUUGGCCUAGAUAAUAUCAGUGCUCGUCUACUGAAAGAUUCAGCCUCAGUAAUCAGUGCCAGUCUUACUAGAUUAUUUAAUCUUUCCCUGGAAACUCGCACCUUUCCUUCUCUUUGGAAAUUUGGAAAAGUGGCAGCGUUAUUCAAGAAAGGUGAUCGCUGUGAUGCUAACAAUUACAGACCCAUUACUGUGCUGCCAACGAUCAGUAAAAUUCUAGAAAAAGCCGUGCACACCCAACUGUACGCUUAUCUUAAGAACAAUGGUAUCCUUACAUCUAAGCAAUUUGGGUUCAGACCGAAGUUAUCAACUGGAACAGCCUUAGCUCAUUUCACAGACAAUAUCCUCCAGAAUAUGGACGCUGGUUCCUUUACAGGUGCUGUUUUUCUGGACCUGUCUAAGGCCUUCGAUACAGUGGAUCAUCCCCUGCUGCUGCAAAAAUUGACCAACAUCGGUCUUACCACCUCUACCACCCAGUGGUUUGGAUCGUACCUCACAAACAGAUCACAAAUUACAUCAGUUGGAGAUGCUCACUCUGCAUCUACCGAAAUGCCUAUUGGAGUACCCCAAGGAAGUAUAUUGGGACCUUUAUUGUUUCUAAUUUACGUGAAUGAUCUUCCGGACUGUCAUCUGGCAAGCGAUAUUAUUCUUUAUGCGGACGAUACUGUACUCUAUUACUCAUCCAAAAGCGUCAGUGAUCUUGAACAUCACAUCAAUGCUGACUUGGGGACAGUGUCUGAGUGGUUCUCUAGAAAUCUCUUGACACUAAACAUAUCCAAAUGUAAUUUUGUUAUCUUUGGAAGUCCUCAGAAACUGAAUCGUAUUCAAGGCAUUUCGGUUAAAAUAGAGGGCACUAGUAUUGAAAGAACACAAUAAUUCAAAUACCUAGGUGUAACGCUUCAACAGUCUAUGUCCUGGGCAGAUCAUGUCGAUGCUAUCAGCAUGAAGAUUAAUCAGAGAAUAGGCCUAAUUUGGAGAAUCAAGAAUCUUUUGCCGCUACAAGCUAGAGUUGCCUUGUACAAUGCCCUGAUCCUCCCUCUUUUUGAUUACGGAGACGUUAUAUGGGGGGACAAGAACAAUGACACCAUCAUGUCAGAACUACAGAUUCUACAGAAUAAAGCUGCUAAAGCUAUGCUGGGGCAACCACCCCGAAGCUCGUCAACUGAAGCACUGAAGAGUCUAGAUCUGAAGUCACUGUCCACAAGAAGGUUUUUUCAUCGCUGCAUUGCUAUCCACAAGUGUCUUAUUGGAGAAACCGAUUUCAACUUUAAUUUUACUAAAACUCAAGCUGUUCAUUCAUAUAAUACAAGACGCUCUAAUGAUAUUCGCUUACCCCUACCCAGAACAAACUGGGGUAAACAAACUUUUAUUUUUCACGCCGCGAAAGACUGGAACAGCCUUCCAAAUGAUUUAAAAGAGUGUAACAUUUUAUCUAUUUUUAAAUCCAAGUUAAAAACUUUUUUAAAAGAUCUCAGCUAAUUUUUAAACCUUGAUAUUUUUUGUAUAAUCGAUUUUAAGAUUUUAAAUUUUUAAAUCUGUUUUACUUGUAAACAUAUUUUACUUUUUCGUAAUAAUUAAUUAAUUAGUUAGAUUUAUGCAUGAGGGCCCCACUGAAAACCGCCUUGGCGAGUUGGGCUCCCUCUAUAAAUAUUAUUAUUAUUAUUAUUAUUAUUCUGGGUGCACGUUCUACAACAUCAGUGGCAGUGGUAUCAAGAUUCGCGGUGAUUCGGUGAACUUGAACAUAACAGAUACGUUCUUCACUGAAAAUAAGCUCCAUAUGAACAGCUUAGAGAGCGCGCUCCUGAGUAUUUCACCGCAAAGCUUGUCCGCUCAAAUUCAAGUUAACUUAAAGAAUAUCAAUGUCUUAAGAAACAACUGUUCUGGAAAAGCAUGUAUGGAAAUUCGAUCGGGAAGUAAUGGACUCAUAAUAAUGUAG